AUGGCGGCGCCCAGGCCGCCGCCCGGCAGGCUGUCGGGCGUCAUGGUGCCCGCGCCCAUCCAGGACCUGGAGGCUCUCCGCGCGCUGACGGCGCUCUUCAAAGAGCAGCGGAAUCGAGAAACAGCACCCAGGACUAUCUUCCAGAGAGUCCUGGAUAUCUUAAAGAAAUCUUCUCACGCUGUUGAGCUGGCCUGCAGAGAUCCAUCCCAAGUGGAGCAUCUGGCUUCCAGUCUGCAGCUGAUAACGGAAUGCUUCCGGUGUCUCCGGAAUGCCUGUAUCGAGUGUUCUGUGAACCAGAAUUCAAUCAGGAACUUGGGUACAAUUGGCGUUGCUGUUGACUUGAUUCUUCUUUUUCGUGAACUGCGAGUGGAACAGGACUCCCUGUUGACAGCAUUUCGCUGUGGCCUGCAGUUUCUAGGGAACAUCGCCUCACGGAAUGAAGACUCCCAGUCUGUUGUUUGGAUGCAUGCAUUCCCAGAGCUCUUCUUAUCUUGCCUAAAUCAUCCAGACAGAAAAAUUGUUGCCUACUCGUCAAUGAUUUUGUUCACGUCCCUGAAUUCUGAAAGAAUGAAGGAGCUGGAAGAAAACCUCAACAUUGCGAUUGAUGUCGUGGAAGCUCACCGGAAGCAGCCUGAGUCGGAGUGGCCGUUCUUGAUUAUUACAGACCAUUUUCUGAAGAGCCCGGAAUUGGUUAAAGCCAUGUAUGCCAAAAUGAGCAAUCAAGAAAGGGUUACAUUGUUAGACCUUAUGAUCGCCAAAAUCGUGGGCGAUGAGCCACUGACCAAGGAUGACGCCCCUGUGUUUUUGAGCCAUGCUGAGUUGAUCGCGAGCACUUUUGUGGAUCAGUGCAAGAUUGUGCUGAAACUGACCUCUGAACAGCACGCCGACGAUGAGGAGGCACUGGCUACAAUUAGACUUCUUGAUGUCCUUUGCGAAAUGACUGCUAAUACUGACCUGCUCGGCUACCUGCAGGUUUUUCCUGGCUUGUUGGAGAGAGUGAUUGAUCUUCUACGCCUGGUUCACGCGGCCGGCAAUGACUCCGCAAACAUCUUCAGCGCUUGUGCUUCCAUUAAAGCAGAGGGCGAUGUCUCCAGCGUGGCUGAGGGCUUCAAGUCUCACCUCGUUCGCCUGAUCGGGAAUCUGUGCUACAAGAAUAAAGACAACCAAGACAAGGUGAAUGAGCUGGAUGGCAUCCCCCUGAUCCUCGACAGCUGUGGCCUCGACGACAGCAACCCCUUUCUAAGCCAGUGGGUGGUGUACGCCAUCCGAAACCUCACGGAAGACAACAGCCAAAACCAAGACCUGAUUGCGAAGAUGGAGGAGCAGGGUCUGGCCGACGCGUCCCUGCUUAAGAAAAUGGGGUUUGAAGUUGAAAAGAGGGGUGACAAGCUGAUUCUGAAGUCGACUAAUGAUGCACCUCAGCUGCGGGGAAGGCCCACUGUGCGACUUUCUGUAGAGUUCACCUCAUCCUGCUUGCCGCUGGCCCGGGCCGUGUCUGGUCGGGAGGUCUGUGCCCCCUCAGAGCGCGCGCUGGUGGUCCCUGACGGCACGAAGGGGGUGGGUUCUGUCCCAGUGCCCGCACCUGUGAGGUCAGCCGUGUGCCCGAGGGAUUUCCUCCCGGCCCUUCCUUCUGGUGUCCCCGGCCUCCUCGUGCAGCCGAGGGCCAAGUGGGCACACAUGUCUGGCCGGAGUGUCCCAAGGGAAAAGUGGGCACAGAGCUGGCUGGAGUUUGAGGGUGGCGGGGGCAAGCGAGACCCAGGGGAGGGGCAGGUCCUGGGGGAUCUCACAGACUUGGUGUGGGGUCCUGGGCUCAAGAAGGCGCGCAAGCGGCGCUCUCCCGUGGGCCCCUGUGAAUCUGGCCUCCGGCCCGCGGUGCCGCAUGGCACCUGCCAGUCAAAGCAAGACUGGCUGUGGGGGGAGUGGAGCCCUGGGGGGCCCGGAGUGGGCUGCCCUCCUCCUGUGCCCACAUGUGGUUGA